AUGCCGAACAAGAACAAAAAUGGCUACUGCAGCUAUUGCUGUGUGCACUACAGGAACAUGAACCAGCACAUAGACAGUUCUCACCACCAAUACCUGACAGCCUGGAAGAGGCAGAGCCUGGGUGCCAGAAGUCUCAUGGAGCGAUUUCUACAGGAUGUGAUCUACCACCAUCCUCGUCAUGCUCACAGGCGCAGCAGAUCAAUUCAGAACGUGAGACAAAUGGGUGCUGCCUUGCCCUCUCAGUUGGUUCCUGCUGAUGUAAUUCCUGAGGAAAUGAAUGAGGACGAUCCUGGAGUCAGAGAAGAGAGGCCCCCUAGGAGUGGUGAACCUCAAGAGGAGUUAGAUUCCAGACCUAGUCAACCUCAGGAGAGCGUGCAGAAUGUUUCCAUUCGACCUUCGGUUAUUCAAAAGUUGGAAAAGGGUCAGCAGCAGCCCUUGAAUCUUGUUUAUAAAAGUGGGGAUGGCUUAAAAGAAUUUAAUCCAGUAGGUGUCAGUCAAACUACAAAGAAUGGACAAAACAUAGUAUGUCCCUCAGUGAAUUCUAAUGUUCCUGCUGGCCAUUUGCUAGAAAGUUCAAAUGGUUUUAAGUCAGUUACAACUAAUACUACUAAGUUGCUACAUUUGGAGUCUGUUAGUAAGCAUGACCCCAACAAAGCUGACAGAUACUUUGAAGGGCAAAAAAGAGGCUCUAGAAACACUGUGCUAACAUCUGCUGUAAAAAUAUCUCCAGUUUUAUGCCAGAAAUAUAAUGAAUCAGAUCAGAAAUCUGUAAGUGUAAAUUCAGAAAAAUUGAUUAUUCAGGGAGCUAUAAAACCUUCAAAUAAAACUUUGUCAACUGGCUUAAAAUCUCAUGAAUCAGUAGGUGCUGAAGGCUUCUCAAAAUAUGAAUCUCUUUCCAAAUUAGCAGUAAACCCAUCUGUAAAUCCAAAUAAAAAUGAAAUGCCUUCUCAGCAAGGAAUCUUUGAAGAUUCCAUUUCAAAGCAUUCUGGAGAAUUUUCUAAGAUGUAUUGUGCCCAAGAAGAAGAGCUUAUAGUUGUUAAUCAGUCAGCCUUUCUGAAACAGAAGCCCUCAGCAGGUUCUGAAAUGAAAUUCCAAUCUGGCCAUCUUCAAGCAUCAUCUGAUCAACCUGAAGAGAAUGUACCAGACCUUAAGGAGGAAAAUAAAAAAGGCCAAGGAAAUAAUAAGAAUGCUUUGGGAGGUUCUGAAAUGAGUGUUGAUUACAGAUCCUCUUUUAAUGUACUAACUGACCAAUCCGAAGUAAUGACCAGAGAAACAAAUCUUUCUAAAGAAAUAGACAUUGAUUUGCAAGACACACGUGAUGAAUCUUACUCCUUUGAAAUAAGUUCAGAUGACUUUUUUCAGUUGACUGAGAAUCAGAGUCAUGCAGAUGUCAAAGACACAAAUAUCCAGAAGGCAGUACCCAUUAGCCUGGUAGAUGAAAGCUAUAAUUCCAGUGAUUCUGAGAUGGAUUUUGACUGUGAUGCUUCACUUCAGCUUGUAGCUGAUUGUCUUCAAAAACCCACAGAAGAGAACCUUUCUAAAGAGGUAUACAUUGGUUUGGUAGACAAGAACUAUGGAUCUAGUAACUCUGAAAUAAGUGCUGAUUCUGCUUCCCCACUUCAGUCAGUCGUCGACCAACUCCCAGUGGUUAGCUUGGAAACAAAACCUCAGAAGUAUCAUAUUUACUUGGUUGAUAAGGAGUAUGGAUCAAGUUCUUCUGAAGCAAGUUUUGAUGAUGAUAUCUCCCUGAAAUCAAUUCUUGACCUUCCUCAACUGACUGUCAAAGAAAACAACCUUCAGGUUGUCUACUUGGAAGAUGAGGAUCAUGAUCCUGGUAGUGCUGAAGCACAUCUUGGUUGUGACAUCGCUCUCGAGACAGCAACAGAUGACCCUCAGAAAGCUGACAAAGAAGUAAAUCUUCUUGAGGAGGAUGGUGCCAUGGAAAUAAAUCCUUGUGGAUUUCAGGGUCUUAAAAUCGAUGUCCAUGCUCAUGUGGUGGCUGACCAUUCACAAGUAACACUCCAAGGGGUAGAUCCUCAAGAAGUAGCUAUUGACUUGGAGAACAAGGAUGAUAAUUCUAGUGAUUCUGAUCUCAGUUUUGCAUCUAACGUGUCCCUGUAUCAGUCAACAAAUGAUGAACCUCAAGAGAUUUUGAGUGAAGACAGUGAGGAAGAGCCAGAUAUUGACAUGGAAGUUAAGAGCUCUGACUGUUCCAGUUCUGACUUGACCUUUGAUUCAGAUCCUCCUUUCAUAUCUGCCACUGAGCGUUCUGAGUUGGACAUUGCAGGAAUAAUGAAAAAAUACAAACAUCUGGAAGAUAAGAGUUAUGGGUCAGAUAGUUCUGAAUUAACUUUUGAUUCUGAUUUGUCUCUUUGCUCAGUUGAUCAAUGUCAAGUAGCUGUUUAUGAGGAGAAACCUAUAGACCCAGAAAGUCAGGGCAAUAAACCUUGUGUGUCUGAGAUAAAUUUUGAUUCUGAUAUGCCUCUUCAUUCAGGCAAUGAUCAACGUGCAGUUACUUUAAAACAAAUACUCACUCAAAAGAAAGAGUAUGCAUAUUCAGAGAGUAUACAUGGUCAGCCCAGUGAUUUUGAGAUGCAAUGGGAGUCUUCUGCUCCUUCUCAGUCAGUGACUAAUCUCACAGAAGUUGCUGUUAAAAGACUGGACCUUCCCAAAGAAGAACAGGCACAUUCAGAAAAUAAGGAAUAUGAGUCUAGUUGUUCUGAAUUAAAUUUGGAUUGUAAUAGUUUUGAUGCAAUGACUGAACAUUCUGAAGGUCCCAUCAAAGAUGUGAACAUUCAGAAACAAAAGUAUAGGCACUUAGAAAAUAAAGAUAACGAACCUAGUACUUUUAAAAUCGGCUUGAAAUCAGAUGAUCCUCUCGGUUUAGUGACUGACCAUCUAGACAUAACUGCUAAAGAACUAAACCAGAAAGAAGAACCGACAUGCUCAGAGUACAAGAACAACAGGUUAGGUGUUUCUGAACCAAGUUUGUAUCCCACCGUCUCUCUUCCAUCACUGACACACAGACCUGGAGUGGUUGUUAAAGAAAUCCAGCUUCAAAAAGAAAAGCAUUCAAGCUCCAAAGAUAAAAUGGCCAAAUUUAGUGACCCUGAAAUAAAUUCUGAUUUUGAAGCUCCUUAUUGUUCAAUGAAUGAACCUCAUAAGGUUGUGAAAGAAAUAAAUGCUCAGAAAGAAGCACCUGCUGUCAGCAACAAAAGUGUCAUAUGUAGAAGCUCUAAAAUAAUUUUGGAUCCUGGUGUACCUCCUCAGUUCAUGACAGAAAAACCUCAAAUAGCUGUUUUACAGAAAGCCCAUGUUGAUGUGGGAGAUGAACUACCUGAAUCUAGAGGUUUUGAAAUAAAAUUUAAUAAUAAGAACCCCUUUUAUUCAGUCAUCAAUCAAUCUAAAUUAACCCUUUUAAAGGAAAAGUAUAUUGAUCUGGAAGGUACAGACAGUGAAUCUAGUGAGUCUAACAUACAUUUUCAUUCCACGGAAGUUCUUACUCCAUUAACAGAACAAUUUCAGGAAGCAGAUAGCCAAGUAAAGCCACAGAAGGCAGAUACUGGCUUCGGAACUAGGAUGGGUGAAGCUGUUGAUUCUAAACUAAAUGAUUCUGAUAUAUCUUUUCAGUCUGUAGCAGAACAAUCCGAAGUAAGUGCUAAACGACUUAAACUUGAAAAUCAAAGUCAUGUGUACUUGGGAGAUAAGAUCAUCCAAUAUAAAGACCCUAACAAGAACUUGAAUUCCAAUUACUUAGUGCAGUCAAUAGUUGGCCAACCUCCAAUAAACAUUUUGGGGCAAGAACAAAUUGAACUGGAAGAGAAGCAUCAGCAGUUUUGUGGUUCUGAAGUAAGCUUUGAUUCUGAUGGUCCUGUCCAGUUAGUGGCUGACCAGCUUAGAGAAACUGUUAAGGAAAUUUGUCUUUGGAAGGAUGCAGCUGAUGUGGAAGAUAACACGGAUGCCCAUAAAGAUCUUGAAAUUUUAUAUGAAUCUGGUUCUGUCUUUACAUCAGUAUCUGGCCAACCUGAGGACAUCCAUAAUGGGACCCACCUUUGGAAGAAGCAUACUGAUGUGGAAGAUAAAACAGUUGAGCCCAGAAAUUCUGAAAUAAAUUUUGCUUCAACUGAACCUGUACAGUUUGUGACUAAUGAAUUUCAAGAAAAUAUUACAGAACUGAAUCUUAGGGAGCGGCAAGUUUGUAUGGAUGCAAAGGGCUACAAACUCAAUGAUUCUGAAGUAAUUUAUAUUUCAUCUAGUCCUCUUCCAUCAAUAACUGAGCACCGACAGAGUUUAGAAGAAGCACAUGGCAGUUUGGGAGAGGAGAACGAUGAUCUUUCUGGACCCAAAAUUCAUUUUGCUCCUGACAAUCCGCUUGAGUCAGUGACUGACCAUCUUCAGAGGGGUGUUACAGAAAUAUGUCCUUGGAAGGAAGGUCACGUUUACCUGGAAGAUACUGGUUAUAGGUUUGGCAGUUUUGAAGUGAACUGUGAUUCUGAUACUCCCAUUCACUUUGUGACCAAUACAUCUGUCACAACUGUCAAAGAAAUAAACUUGCAAAGGAAUGUUGCUAAUGACUUAGCAGACAAGAAUUAUGAUCCUACUAUUUCUGAAAUCAAAUGUAAUUCUGGUGUUUGUCUUCAGCUGAAAGUGGAUGAACCUCAACUGAUCUGCAAUGAAAUAGACCUUGAGAAGGAAGAGCAUGGCAUGGAAGAAAAGACCGGUGAUUCUGAGAUAAUGUGUGAUUCUGAUACCCGUCUCCAAAUAGUCCUUGACCAAGAUGAAGUGUCAGUCAGGGAAACCAAUCUCCAGAAGAUGGUUGUUAUGGAUCUAGUGACUGGAGAUAGUGACUGUGAAGUGAUUUCUGAUUCUGAAACUUUCCAGCCUGUAGUGAUUGACUCGCCUCCCAUGACUGUACAGGGGGCCUUUUGCAUUAACACAGAACAUUUUGAUCUAGAAGGUGACAGCCAAGAAUCCUGUGUUUCUGAACUGAGAUACCCUUGUGAAGCUUCUGGCUCCAGAACAAAGAAAUCCAAGGACACAUUCAAAGUCGUAAACCAGAAGAAAGACUACAUUAUUCUGCAGGAGUCAAGCUCUGAGUCUUAUGGUUCUGAAGUGAAUUUUCAAACGGAUUCCUCACCUCACACCAUAACUUGUCAGACCAAAGAGCCCAAUAAAAAAAAAAUGAAAUAUAGUGACCCAGAAGGUAAGAAACGUAAAUCAAAAAGCCCUAAAACAAGUGAUACACAGGAAGGUUUAUCUCAGUCAGUGGCUCAUCAACAGUGGAAAGCUGACAAAGGAUCCAGCUUCCAAAAAGAUGGAGUCAAUAAUAACCGAAAAAAAAACAAGAAGCGUGACUCCAGUGUUUGUAGACUGGAUUGUAGUGCCCUUCUUGAGUCAACCCAUGAUCAGAAUGUCGAUAAAAUUGUGACUGUACAGUUAAAACAUCUAUCUCCAGAACCUCUGAGUGAUGAACCAAAUUUUCAGUGUGGCUCCUCACUUACAGGGGACCCUGGUGUGAAUAAAGGAGACUUUGUUAAGAAGAUGUGCUAUACCCUGAAGGAAAGGAAGCUAGAUUCCCAACCAAGUUCCUCUUCUGUGGUUGAUUCUAAUAAGACCGCAGAUCCAGUGCAGAAUGCUAUUGAAGAUAAAUCUCAAGAGCCUGUUCUUGAAGCCUCCCCUCAUGUCCCAGCAUCCUUUGUGGGGAAAACAUUGUCUCAGAUAAGAAAAGAAGAGGACCUGAAGAUCAAUGCUCUUGUGAAGGAAUUCAGGGAGGGCCGUUUCCACUGUUACUUUGAUGAUGAUUGUGAGACCCAUACAAAUAAAAAAAAAAAAAAAAAACCAAAUAAAGGCAAAAAAGUGACCUGGGCAGAUCUAGGUCAGGACACAGCCUCAGGUCACAUUCUCUCAGCUAAUGAUUCAGGUGUUAUUUUGGAAGUUAAUGACUUUUCAGUGGCCUUUGAUAAAUUCAGCCAUUCUUAUCCAACAAAGAUGCCUUAUGAUCUACCAUGGCGAGCAGCUUCUCGUUGCCAGACUGUGAAACUCAGUCAUGGAACCCAAACUAGCCUGAUGAGUCACCCAGGGAAAAAAAGACUGAGACAAGCAGAAGACUCCCCGAAGAGGAAGCAAUCACACAGAAAAAGGAAGAAGAGAGUCGAACCAGAAAGACUUGAAUUUCCCCAGUCUUGUAAUCACGUUUUGAAGCCUUUGCAACCCAAUGCCUUACUUUACAUUCUUUCUUCAAACGUUUAUAAAGUAAAGGAAGAAGAAUCCUCAAACUUGUCUACAAAGCUGCCCCUGUGUCUUGAAAAUAAUGGGGUUCUCAGAGUGCAGUAUAAGUAUAAGUUGAUUUCCUUUGGUUGUUGUGAUGAGCAAGUUGGCGUUAAGACUCCUUUGAAUACAGGAGCCCCGCAGAACGAGGGCGAUAUUUGGGUUAACGUCCAUUUUGAUGGGAGUAAACUGAAAGAAGAAGACAAUGAUGACUUGCAAAACCCUGUAAAAGAUCAACUAAUGACACAGGAGAAGGAGGAUGGAGAUUGUGUGUCUUUGGAAAAACCAGAAAGUUUGAAUUCUAAUGAGGUUCCUAAGGGAAGUGAUUUCCAGUUAACUCUUCCAGAUGGUGAUGUCACUCAAAUCUCUCCAAUGUCAGCCAGAGAGAAGAAUUCAGAAAGUAAAAAGAAAAUCCAGAAAAGGAAGUCAGCAGCUAAGAUGUCAGGAUAUCAAUCCAGAAGCACGCCUGUCAGACCACGUCUGAGUAAAAACCCUGAUGCCGGUAGAUCAAAGAAGCCCAAAAGAGAGACUCAAAAGCUUCUGAACCCAGUUCCUUCUGGUGCGGAGAAGGAAGCAGCAGAUGCAGGCUCCCCUCUGAAGUGA